GGGUUGGCUGUUGCCCUGAGGCUGGACUCAACGGAUUCGGGCCGCGCCACCGGGUGAGCUCGCCUCCCGGCCCCAACCCGGAGCCAGCGAGCGAGCGAGGCGGCGCCGCGCGCCAAUGCUGUUGAGUUGGCUUUCUGAACUCAAAAGAAUGUCUACACAGAUGAGACCCUGUUUAUGGCCUUAUCACGUUGAGGGUGGAGCGGAGCCCCCUUCGUGCCCUGUCUCACUGUUCAUGCCGCCAAACCAGUUUGUACAGUUUGUGUUACGUCAAGGCAAGUUAAAUCUGGAGUGUUCGAGCACAGUCUAGAUUUGCUUGUAAAUGCAUCACAAAGAGGCAUCCCAGAAUGAAGAAAACAAGCAGGAGUGUUGGCUCAGUGCCUAAAGUGUCUGGGAUAAGCAAAACGCAAACAGUAGAAAAAACUAAACCGGAAAACAGCUCUUCAGCAUCUGCAGGAGGCAAACCCCUAAAGCCUGGAACAGCAGCAUCAUUGUCAAAGACCAAGAGCAGUGAUGACCUUUUAGCUGGAAUGGCUGGAGGGGUGACAGUGACUAAUGGUGUUAAAGGAAAGAAGAGCACCUGCCCUUCCACAGCAUCUUUAGCAUCUGCCCCUGCCAUGACCACCGUGGAGAGCAAAUCCAAGACUAGCACAGGCACAAGUUCUUCAGCCAAGCGGAGCACUUCCACAGGUAAUAAAGAAUCCAGUUCUACUAGAGAAAGAUUGCGUGAACGUACCCGACUAAACCAGAGCAAAAAACUACCUUCUGCAGGUCAGGGAGCUAAUGACGUGGCACUGGCCAAACGUUCCCGCAGUCGCACUGCCACAGAAUGUGAUGUUCGCAUGAGCAAGUCUAAAUCGGACAAUCAGAUCAGUGACAAAGCUGCUCUGGAAGCCAAAGUGAAAGAGCUUCUCACACUGGCAAAAACCAAAGACGUGGAAAUUUUGCAUUUGAGAAAUGAACUCCGAGACAUGCGUGCUCAGCUGGGCAUUAAUGAGGAUCAUUCUGAGGGUGAUGAGAAAUCUGAGAAGGAAGCCAUUAUUGCUCACCAGCCGACUGACGUUGAGUCCACUUUACUGCAGUUACAGGAACAGAAUACUGCCAUCCGUGAAGAGCUCAACCAGCUGAAAAAUGAAAACAGAAUGUUAAAGGACAGGUUGAAUGCAUUGGGCUUUUCCCUGGAGCAGAGGCUGGACAAUUCUGAAAAACUGUUUGGCUAUCAGUCCCUGAGCCCAGAAAUCACCCCUGGUAACCAGAGUGAUGGAGGAGGGACUCUGACUUCUUCGGUGGAAGGCUCUGCCCCUGGGUCAGUGGAGGAUCUCUUGAGUCAGGAUGAAAACACCCUCAUGGACCAUCAGCACAGUAACUCUAUGGACAAUCUAGACAGCGAGUGCAGUGAGGUGUACCAGCCCCUCACAUCGAGUGAUGAUGCCCUAGACGCACCCUCAUCCUCAGAGUCGGAAGGCAUCCCGAGCAUAGAGCGCUCUCGGAAGGGGAGCAGCGGGAACGCUAGUGAAGUGUCUGUUGCUUGCUUGACUGAGCGGAUCCACCAGAUGGAAGAGAACCAACACAGUACGAGUGAGGAACUUCAGGCAACUCUGCAAGAGCUGGCUGAUUUACAGCAGAUUACCCAGGAGCUGAACAGCGAAAAUGAAAGGCUCGGAGAGGAGAAGGUUAUUCUCAUGGAGUCUUUAUGUCAGCAGAGUGAUAAGCUGGAACACUUUAGCCGACAGAUUGAAUAUUUCCGCUCCCUUCUAGAUGAACAUCACAUUUCUUACGUCAUAGAUGAAGAUGUGAAAAGUGGACGCUAUAUGGAGCUGGAACAGCGUUACAUGGAUCUAGCUGAGAAUGCCCGUUUUGAACGGGAGCAGCUCCUAGGUGUCCAGCAGCAUUUAAGCAAUACUUUGAAGAUGGCAGAACAGGACAACAAGGAAGCUCAAGAAAUGAUAGGGGCACUCAAAGAACGAAAUCACCAUAUGGAACGAAUUAUUGAGUCUGAACAGAAGGGCAAAGCAGCCUUGGCAGGCACAUUAGAGGAGUUCAAAGCCACAGUGGCCAGUGACCAGAUAGAGAUGAAUCGCCUGAAGGCCCAGUUGGAGAAUGAAAAGCAGAAAGUGGCGGAGCUGUAUUCCAUCCAUAACUCUGGAGACAAAUCUGAUAUUCAGGAUCUCUUGGAGAGUGUCAGGCUGGACAAAGAAAAAGCAGAGACUUUGGCUAGUAGCCUACAGGAAGAUCUGGCUCACACCCGAAAUGAUGCCAAUCGAUUGCAGGACGCCAUUGCGAAGGUAGAAGAUGAAUACCGAGCCUUCCAAGAAGAAGCCAAGAAACAAAUAGAAGAUUUGAAUAUGACAUUAGAAAAAUUAAGGUCAGAGCUGGAAGAAAAAGAGACCGAAAGGAGUGACAUGAAAGAAACCAUCUUUGAACUUGAAGACGAAGUAGAACAGCAUCGAGCCGUGAAACUUCAUGACAACCUCAUUAUCUCUGAUUUAGAGAAUACGGUUAAAAAACUCCAGGACCAAAAACAUGACAUGGAAAGAGAAAUCAAGACACUCCACAGGAGACUUCGGGAGGAAUCUGCGGAAUGGCGGCAGUUUCAAGCUGAUCUCCAGACCGCAGUGGUCAUUGCAAAUGACAUUAAAUCUGAAGCCCAAGAGGAGAUUGGUGAUCUGAAGCGCCGGUUGCAUGAGGCUCAAGAAAAAAAUGAGAAACUCACAAAGGAAUUGGAGGAAAUAAAGUCACGCAAGCAAGAGGAGGAGCGAGGCCGGGUGUACAACUACAUGAAUGCUGUUGAGAGAGAUUUGGCAGCCUUGAGGCAAGGGAUGGGGCUGAGUAGAAGGUCUUCAACUUCCUCUGAGCCAACCCCUACGGUGAAAACCCUCAUCAAGUCCUUCGACAGUGCAUCUCAAGUUCCAAACCCUGCUGCAGCUGCAAUUCCUCGAACGCCUCUGAGUCCAAGUCCUAUGAAAACACCCCCUGCGGCAGCUGUCUCCCCUAUGCAGAGACAUUCCAUAAGUGGACCAAUCUCUACAUCCAAACCCCUGACAGCCCUGUCAGAUAAGAGACCAAACUAUGGAGAAAUCCCUGUUCAAGAGCAUUUAUUAAGAACAUCUUCAACCAGCCGACCUGCUUCUCUGCCGAGAGUACCUGCCAUGGAAAGUGCCAAGAGCAUCUCAGUGUCUCGACGAAGUAGUGAAGAGAUGAAACGAGACAUCUCUGCACCUGAGGGAGCCUCACCAGCCUCUCUGAUGGCGAUGGGAACCACGUCACCACAGCUCUCCCUCUCCUCCUCUCCCACGGCCUCUGUGACCCCCACCACCCGAAGCCGGAUAAGGGAAGAAAGGAAGGACCCUCUCUCAGCAUUGGCAAGGGAAUAUGGAGGAUCGAAAAGGAACGCCUUGCUGAAGUGGUGUCAGAAGAAAACAGAAGGCUAUCAGAAUAUUGACAUUACGAACUUCAGCAGCAGCUGGAACGAUGGGCUGGCCUUCUGUGCUCUCCUGCAUACAUACCUUCCAGCCCACAUUCCAUAUCAAGAACUGAACAGCCAAGACAAGCGAAGGAACUUCACCCUGGCCUUCCAGGCAGCGGAGAGCGUCGGCAUCAAAUCCACUCUGGACAUUAAUGAAAUGGUGCGGACUGAACGGCCCGAUUGGCAAAACGUGAUGCUGUACGUGACGGCGAUCUACAAGUACUUUGAAACCUGAGCACACCAGAACACCCUGCACAGUUAUCAAGCGACACCAACGUCAUUAGCUACGCGCCCUGUAAAGCUUUCAGUGACUCUGGGUUGCCCCACAGUGUGUGAGCCUUCAGCCUGGGGCCUCCAAGUUGGGAGAACUUGGGCCUGUGUGGCCCACGGCUCAGACCCGGCUCCUCCCACAUGACCUGCCAGUCGGGUCAGCGUGGACUGCACACACAUGACACUGAUCGGCGGCCAGAGUUUUCCUUCUGAGGAGAAUAUUGAACUACAUGAGUGCUGCGGGGUGUACAAAAAGGGCUCGUGGCCCAGCUAAACUCGGGGAAGGGGAUUAAUGAUGCGGACAGCUCACACGGGGUGACCGACAGCUUUAGCACAGCACUUCCCAACUGCUUGCCGUGCAGGUUCCGUCACCCUGAGAGCCAAGGGACAGUGGGGCCUGUCAGGGGCUCCUGCUUCCUGGUGCCGGGCAGGUGGGCCUCGGCCCUCUACAUCGGCCUCCAGGAGUUCCUUGGAGUGCGUCAGCAGUAGGACAGCCACCCCUUCCCUGUGACAGGGCUGUCCUAGCCAGUGCAGUUUAGGUGUGUGCGACACUCGCGCUCCCAGCUCAGGGUCUGCUCCUCUUGACGGUCAGGCGGCUGGGCCUCCAUCGAGAGGAGACAGGCUGGGGCCUGCGCGAUGCUCUGCCCGCGUCCUGCAGCCUGGAGGGGCUUGGAAGCCUAGCUCUGACUUUAGCUUUCCGGACAAAAGAUUGGUCAUAAGGAACUCUCUAGUUCAAAGAAUAUUGUUUUCUUAUGAGCAAUGUUGGAGGAAAAUAGCUCUUGUUCUGUUAGUGCCAAACUUAAAUUGUUUUAGUAAGCAUAGAGACAAAACACAAAAUCUGCACAUGAGUGUGGGCGCGGCUUGGCGUGAAGUCGGAAGUAGCAGGAGAAAAAGCUGAACAACUUGAGGGAGCCCAGGCAGUGUGACGUGAAGGCACUUCUGGGUCGCUUGGGCGUUAUCUUCCUGGGCAAGAAUCGAAGAAAGUGCCUUAAUUCUCCUCAUGAGGGUAGCCACCAUACAGAGGGUCUCCGAGGCCACUGCCUCCACGGCCACGGUAGGAUGUCAGUGGGCUCGCGGCACUGCAGCCCAGGGAUGGAGUGGUCCCCUGCCGUGCCGCCUGCUCCAGGUCGUGAAUGACAGGCACCACAGCCCCUUCAGCACAGUUUGAACAGAAGCCUUACGCAAGGCGUUCUCUUGAGAAGACUCCCAGGCGGCGACUCGGCCCUUCUUGGGGACAGGGAACCCGGUCUCGUGUGUGCCUAACACGGUAGCUACACUACCAGUUUGAACAAUGUCAAGACCUGUUGCUUCCUAAUACAACGGUGUUUGCACCUGCAAAGUCACAUGAGAAGAGCUGCCACCAGUGGAAGCAAGGUCACUGCCCAACCCAGGAUGCAGGCAGGGGACUUGCUGAAGGCCUUGCAGCACGUGGGCUGAGGGUCUGCUUGAUGUUCUUGACUAGGAGUUUGACAUGUCUGUAGCCUAGAAAAGAAUGAGGUUAUUACGAAAUGGGCCGCGUGUGCAUGCGGCCUGCAGGUACCAGGUGGCUGAUAAACGCCGUCCACCCUGCCCGGAUGUCCUAGCCUGGCAGCUCCGGCUGCUGCCCGACUGGAGGUUCUUCGUGGACUGCCCAUCUCGUGCUAAGGAAGGAGAGGCCCGGGGAGCAGAGCCCAGCUCCGGAGCACAGCAGAAGACCCUGGCGACGCCUCUGCCCGUCCUCCCUGACCCAGUCUGUCUUGUCUCUGCUGCUCUGUGCACAGUUGUGCUGUGCUGUCAGCUGAGGGACUGUUGGGGGGAGAAUCAGUGGUUUUGAAUGUCUCUCCGCUUGGUUUUCCUGAGUCCCGCUUGUGCUCUCGUUCGCCCUGGCGGGGGCCCAGUGUGUCAGAUCUGCGGCCAUGUGUGUGUUUAUUUAUUAUGUUGCGGGGGAAGCUGUGUUGUCUUUUGAAGGAGAAGACUUUCCUGGGUCUGCAGGUCACACGUUCAUCCCUUCCUAUCCAAGUGAGCCAGCCCUGGCAGCUUGUGCUUUCGCGGGGUCACCAGUGUCUUUUGGAGGACGGUUUUGGAAGGCGGCCACUGAUGAUGGGCUGUGCCCACAGGGCUGGCAUUGCCCAGCAUUGUGUCGUGGAGUCGGUGGCUGGGCAGAGAGUGGCCACGGGGAGGGCCUGGCUCGGGCCCAGCCUGUCUAGGGACCCACCUUUGCCUCGCUGACAACAAUCCAUGCAGGGGUACCCGGCCAGGCUGCCCACAUUUGCACGUGGGACCACAGAUGAGAAGAUUCCAGAAGCAUGACUUUCUGCUUUUUCUAACAGAAUUCUUAUAACACUGCUGGCUUUAUGGGAUGGUCACAGACGGUCAUAGCUACCCAAAAGUGAUGCUCUCAGGUGCUGUAGUCCAGUGACACUUGACGUGGAGCCUCCAGGAAGCCAUUUGCCUCUUCUCCCUUCAAGCACAAGCCUCACUGCAAAAGGGCCAGUUACGCUUCUGUUUCUCGACCACAGGCUUCUGCGGACUGAUGAUACUUUUCAUUUUGUUCUAUGAAAUAUUCUUGAAUGUAUUAAAAUUGCUGAAACACA